CUUUUCCUCUGUCGCCCCCCUAAACCCACCAGCUGCUCCCCGGUUUGCAGCAUUCCUGUUUUAUGCUGUGCAGAGGGAAAGACAGCGCCCAUGAGGGAGUACAAAGUCGUGGUUUUAGGGAGUGGGGGGGUGGGUAAGUCGGCCUUGACUGUGCAGUUUGUCACUGGGACGUUCAUUGAGAAAUAUGACCCCACCAUUGAAGACUUCUAUCGUAAGGAGAUUGAAGUGGACUGUUCCCCAUCCGUACUUGAAAUCUUGGAUACAGCAGGGACUGAACAGUUUGCUUCCAUGCGAGAUCUGUAUAUUAAAAAUGGCCAAGGUUUCAUCCUAGUUUACAGCCUGGUAAACCAACAGUCUUUCCAGGACAUUAAGCCAAUGAGGGACCAAAUUGUCCGUGUGAAGAGAUAUGAAAAGGUUCCUCUCAUCUUAGUGGGGAAUAAAGUGGACCUGGAAUCGGAGAGGGAGGUCUUGUCGGCAGAAGGCCGAGCGCUGGCUCAAGAGUGGGGGUGCCCCUUCAUGGAGACGUCUGCCAAGAGCAAGACCAUGGUGGACGAACUGUUUGCGGAGAUCGUCAGGCAAAUGAACUAUGCAUCACUGCCUGAAAAGCAAGAUCAGUGUUGUACGACUUGCAUUGUCCAGUGAGAGAGACAGAGAGCAAAACCUCAAUCAUGGCCAUACAGAGCAGAUAAAACUCAGAGGAAAUUUGCACAGAUGCUGCUUUGGAGAACUCUUUCAGCCCAGGCUGCAGAACUGAGCCUUGCAAAACCCUCUCUUUCUCUCUCUCUCUCUUUAGAGCACAUUUCCAGGCAUCGGCGUGCAAAUGUUUGGCAGCAGCAGCUGCGGAGAACAGUAGGCCUGCAACAGAAUUGCUUAGCAUGUUUACCAUAUGUUUGAAAUCUGUUCUUUAUCUCUUGGUCCUCCUUUUUUU